AUGUCUAAUACAAAUACUUUCUCAUCAAGUAUACAAACAUAUAAUCCAACAGGAAUACCAUCGAAUUGGCUUGAUUGUCCAAGAAAAUCAACAAUUAUUGCUGGAAAAUUUAUUGCAUUUAAAACACCAUUAGAUGAUCGUUAUAAAAAUGAAAUUUCUAUUGUCAAACGAUGGACGUGUAAUAUGUUAAUUAAACAUAUGAAAGAUGAUCAAAAAAAUCUUGGUCUUGUUAUUGAUUUAACAAAUACAGAACGAUAUUAUAGUAGUGAUAUUGAAUUUAUUCAAAAAAAUAUACAUUAUGAAAAAAUUCCAUGUCAAGGACAUAAUGAACCACCAAAUGACGAACAAAUUGAUUCUUUUAUUCAAAUUUGUCAAGAUUUUAUAAAUGCGAAUCCAAAUGAUAUUAUAGGCGUUCACUGUACACAUGGUUUCAAUCGAACUGGUUUUCUUGUUUGUGCAUAUCUAUGCCGACAACUUAAUUAUAGUAUUGAUGUUGCUAUCGAUAUGUUUGCAACAGUUCGAUCACCAGGAAUUUAUAAACAAGAUUAUUUAGAUAAACUUAUUGAAAAAUUUCCAACGAAAAACUGUAUUUCAAUUUCUGCACCAUUACGACCUGAAUGGUGUUUAGAAAAACAAGUUAUUACAUUAAACAAAAAUAAACAUAAAUACAAUGAAAUAGAUUAUCAACAAUCGAAUAAACGAUUUCGACAAGAAAUACAAGAAAAUUCUAAUCCUGUAUUUGCUGUGGAUCUUCUUAAUGUUAAACCUAUUUGUUUUCAAUCUAUUGCUGAUAAUAUUCGAUUGAAAUGUCAACAAAUGUGUGGAUGGAAUCGACCAACUUUUCCAGGUUCACAACCUGUAUCUAUGGACUAUACAAAUUAUCAAACUAUAUUUCUAUCACCUUAUAUGGUCAGCUGGAAAGCAGAUGGCACCAGAUAUAUGAUGUUAAUUGAAAGUGAAAAUAAAAUUUAUAUGUUAGAUCGUAAUAACAAUGUAUUUCAAAUUAAUCAUCUAUACUUUCCAAAAGAUUCAGAUUGUACAAGACAUUUAAUAAAUACAUUGGUUGAUGGUGAAUUUGUUAUUGAUAAUGAUAAUGGAAUUAAAAGAUAUCGAUAUUUAAUUUAUGAUAUUAUAAUAUAUGAAAAUGAAAAUGUUGGUCAACGAACAUUUAAAGAACGUCUUGAUAUAAUACGUCAUUCUAUUGUUAAUAUCAGAAAUGAAGCUAUAAUAAAAGGUCUUAUUAACAAAAGUUUAGAACCAUUUUCAAUAAGAAAUAAAGAAUUUUGGGACUUAUCAGCAACAUCUAAAUUACUCAGUCCAACAUUCCAAUCACAAAUUACUCAUGGUUGUGAUGGACUUGUAUUUCAACCUAUAUCUGAUCCUUAUCAAUCUGGACGAUCUAUACAUGUAUUCAAAUGGAAAGAACAUAAUACAAUUGAUUUUCGAUUGAAAAUACAUAAAACAGGGCGAUCACAAGAAAAAAGUGCUCUUCUAUAUGUAACUGGCAUGUCAAAUCCAUAUGCAUCAAUGCAUUACUCACCAGAAUUAGACCAAUAUAAAAAUCAAAUUAUCGAAUGUUUAUACCAUAAUGGUGAAUGGUAUUUUUAUCGACAUUGUGUCGAUAAAAUGUAUCCUAAUGCAAAAGCAACAGCCGAUGGAGUAACUACAGCAAUAGAACGUCCAAUAACUAAAGAUAUACUUUGUUCUCUUAUAGAAGAAAAUAUAGCUUUUAAUAAUUAUUAA